CUGAAGACCGCGGGGGCGGGGGCCGGCGCCUUCCUGCGCUGCCCUUGUAUGGUGACCCGGGAGGCGGGCCCCCGGGUACUUAAGCUGCGGCGCCGCCCAGGGCGCCCAGAACACUCUUUUCGGUCAGCUCGGCCGCCGCGAGAGCCCGAGCGCGCGGCGGGGCAGAAGCAGCGCAGUGACAGGGGCGGGAGGAACCCGGCCGUCGCUAUGGGGCUGGAGGCGGCGCACGAGCUGGACUGCGCGGCGCUGGGCGCGCUGCUGCGGGAGCCGCGGGAGGCCGAGCGCACGCUGCUGCUGGACUGCCGCCCCUUCCUGGCCUUCUGCCGGCGCCACGUGCGCCACGCGCGGCCCGUGCCCUGGAACGCGCUGCUGCGGCGCCGCGCCCGCGGCCCACCAGCCGCCGCCCUCGCCUGCCUGCUGCCCGACCGCGCGCUGCGGGCGCGCCUGGCCCGCGGGGAGCUGGCCCGGGCGGUGGUGCUGGACGAGGGCAGCGCCUCGGUGGCCGAGCUCCCGCCCGACGGCCCGGCACACGCGCUGCUCGCCGCGCUACUGCCCGAGACCCGCGGGGGACCCACGACGGUGUGCUUCCUGCGAGGCGGCUUCGAUGGCUUCCAGGCGUGCUGUCCCGAUCUGUGCUCCGAGUCCCCCGCCCCGGCCCUGUCGUCUGCUGGGUUAGAGAACAGCCGCUCUGACCCCAGGGUUCCCUUCUACGAUCAGGGCGGCCCGGUGGAGAUCCUACCCUACCUGUUCCUGGGCAGCUGCAGCCACUCCUCCGACCUUCAGGGGCUGCAGGCUUGUGGCAUCACUGCGGUCCUCAACGUGUCCGCCAGCUGCCCCAACCACUUUGAGGGCCUUUUCCGCUACAAGAGCAUCCCGGUGGAGGACAACCAGAUGGUGGAGAUCAGUGCCUGGUUCCAGGAGGCCAUAAGCUUCAUUGACUCGGUGAAGAACAGCGGAGGCCGGGUACUGGUACACUGCCAGGCGGGCAUCUCACGCUCUGCCACCAUCUGCCUGGCUUACCUGAUACAGAGCCACCGCGUGAGGCUUGACGAGGCCUUUGACUUUGUCAAGCAACGCCGGGGAGUCAUCUCCCCCAACUUCAGUUUCAUGGGGCAGCUGCUACAGUUCGAGACUCAGGUGCUAUGUCACUGAUGCGGGGCUCCACCAUGCUCCCCCCACUCCCCACUGCCCCGAGGAGAGGGGCACCGAUUCUCUCUAGUUCAGGGAAAGCUGCCCUUUCCCCGAAAUUUGAAAAGCCCCCAGGUGGUGGUGCUGCGAACGUAGGAAUUCUGGACUUUCUCACUUGGUGCUUGUCUGCUGGGUUUGAGGGCUGGACCUCAUUCUGAGGACCAGAAUGGAGGGCAUGUCUGCUUCCCCUCCGCCCUCUAUCUUCUGGCAGAAACUGACUGGACUCUAUACCUGUGGAUUCCCACGGGUCCCACCAUGAUGUUGAAGCCCUUGGCAGCCCGAGGGCUCCAAGGAAAAAGCUGUGACAACCAGGAGCCCCAUCUAGGGGGUGGUCCACUACAGGCCUGGGGCCUGCGCCUUGUGCUCCUGGGGAGCUGUGUGUCAGGGAAGGGCUGCGUCUGCUGCGUGUGGGCCUCUUGCGCACGUGUGUGUGUGUGUGUGAGCAUUUCACGCCUAUAUCGGUGCUGGAAAGUUUUUUUGUGUUCAGGUGACAUUUAACACUCCCUCCCCCACUUCCUCCCAGCCCUGCGGGCGGGGGUUGGAAACUUAGCACUUUAUAUUUAUACGGAACAUUGAGGACGUGUCAAUAAAAUAUUGUUUUGUUUAAAAAACAA